AUGUUACUUUUCAAGGAAGCUUGUCGUCAACUGCGCCACACGGCGCCAAAGACUGUCCCAAGACCACAGGCAGCUAAUGUCUCUCCUUCAUGUCAUCUGCAGCUAUGGAUAAUGCAAGGUGCACCGAGUUGGCGGAAGCCCAGUUCAUGGCAGACCACGAAGUCAGUACGGCGAUCAUUCUCCGCUACGGCUGGAAUGGAUCAUGGACAUAUUACACCCCCUAAACCGGGAGAGGAGAUCAACGUCUCGUUCAUUGACAAGGACGGUGAGAAGUACGAUUUUCAGGUAUCCGAGGGUGAUAACCUGCUGGACAUUGCCCAGGCCAAUGAUCUCGAGAUGGAAGGUGCCUGUGGCGGAUCUUGUGCCUGUUCGACAUGCCACGUUAUUGUGGAAGAUCCGGAAAUGUUCGAUAAGAUGGAAGAGCCAAGCGACGAUGAAAAUGACAUGCUUGAUCUCGCUUUCGGCUUGACGGAAACGUCUCGUCUUGGCUGCCAAGUGGCCAUGAACAAGGAUCUUGAUGGAUUGGUGGUCAGAUUACCUUCGAUGACGAGGAAUAUGCAAGCCAGCGACUUUGAGCAAAAGAAGUGA